AUGGACACGCAAGAAGAUAUUGUACCGACCGAAUCUCUGUUUCGCCCCGCAAAAAAGCGCAAGUUCAUGCGACGACGUCCCGAGGUCCCGGACACCGAAGAAGCCGAUAAUCAGAAUGACAAUCCUGACGAAUCACGAGCCCUAGGGAGCAAUAAUCUUCGGCGUCCACGCGCCUUACGGAAAGGCGGUAUUGGGUUCUCUACCGCGUCACGACUUGGAGAUGAUCAGGGCCAGCAACUAGCGCUAGUACCAGCGGCCGGAGAAAUUGAGGAUGAGAAGAUGCGAGCAAUGAACGAACGUUUCACGGGAUAUACCGGUCAGACAGUUGAUGUUGACAAGCACAUGUACGAUGGCUUUCCGAUAGAUUCCGAGAUGGCUAAGCGCUACCAGCCCGAAUCAAAGCGGGACCAGUCAGGUUCUAUCCAACAAAACCAAGAAGAAGUCGCUGCGGGGCUGUCGCUACCUGGACACCAGACACGCGAGCCUGCGUCGCUAGGCAAACUCCAUGAAAUUGAUCUCGGCCAUGAAGCCACAUUGCGAAACAUUGCGCGGACAGAAGCUGCGACGCGGGAAAUGGCCGAGAAAGGAAAAUUGUCGCUAUCAGCGGGUCAUGCUGCUCCAGAAACGGGUCGUCCUGGUCCAGACAGCAAGUCAUGGCGCAAUCGCAAACAGAGGACAGAGGCAGACAUCGCCAGAGAUCGUCUUGUCGAAGAGGUACUACGUGAGAGCAAAUGUGGGUCGUAUUCCGAAGUGAAAUACUACUGGAUUUUUGUCUUUGCUAACACUGUUGUUAUAGUGGAAAUUUAUGAUGAACACGAGGAGGAGAUACAACUCGAUGAUCAACAGGCUGCUGAUGACCGAGUUGCUGAGCAAUUUAGACGAGACUUUAUGGAUGCCAUGCAGACUCGUCGUCGAACUCGACCCACAGCAAAACCGGCAGCCAAUGUUGAGGUGCCUCGGGGUCCGAAGCUUGGAGGCAGUCGCAGUGCAAGGGCUGCAAUGCGGGAGAAGGAAGCACAAGCGGGCAGGAAAUGA